AUGCGUUUCGUAAAAGUUCCUUCCGCAACCGUGCUUUCUCGCAGGCAACUUUCAGUUCCAGAAGCAGAGCGUCUCUUAGGCAUUCCAAAGCAGAGCUCGCAGAAAGAAAUCAAGAAGGCAUACCUUGAAAAGGCGAAAAAAUACCACCCGGACAAUCAACAAACUGGAAGUGCGGGGAAAUUCAGGGAUUUAAAAAAGGCCGCAGAGAUUUUGGAAAAUCCAGCAAAAGCAGAAAUAGUCCGCGAACCUGGCAACUUUCAGCAGCGAAAGUACAAUCCCGAUUCAAAAUACGAAAAAGCGUACCAAAAAGAUCAACAUACUGCUUACGAGAGAAGAAAAGACGGGGAGCAUAAAUUUGGCUAUAAUGUCGGUGGAUAUGUGAUUAUUCCCUGUCUGCUGGUUUUUGGCUUGUUCCGAUUUAUCGGCUAUGUGAAGGAUAAAGCUAAAGAAGAGACAGUGAGACUAGAACCCUUAGAUGCAACACCUGCAGUUCCGUUUGAAGAAGAACUCACAAAAAUUCUUAUAGAGAUCAAGAAGGGUACACAAACUUACUAA